UGUAAUUAACUAAAUAUUGUUGGAUGUUAAUGUGUUUUCAGUUGACAUGGACGAUGAAGAUGGCAGGUGCCUGCUAGAUGUAAUUUGUGACCCAGAAGCACUCAACGAUUUUCUUCAUGGAUUAGACACCCAUUGCCACAUUCCAGGGGUCCGGCCCCCAGUCCAGCUGCUGUCCAAUGAGCAGCCAGCCUUGCCCCGGGUCAGUGUGGACCUGGACUUCCUGGAAGAUGAUGUCAUCCUGGGCGGGUCGCCGGGCGGUAGCGGUAGCAACACCAUGGAGCCAUGUGACAUCCUGCAGCAGAGCCUGGCGGAGGCUAACAUUACAGAGCAGAGCCUGCAGGAGGCUGAGGCAGAGCUGGACCUGGGCUCCUUCGACCUCACCAUGCCAGGUCUGACUCAGGUGGUCCAGACCCUGCCCUGUACAGACAGCCUGACUGGGUCUGGAGGGACCGCUGCGGGGGUGGGGCUCCCCAUCUUCCCUGGAGCUCCAGGCUCCUCCGCCACCCCUCCCCAGGCCACAGCUGACAUGCUGGGCUCGGUGCUGGCCCAACAGGGCCUGGAGUUUGGGCCCCAGGUCAUGAACAAGGCCCAGACAAUCAGUAUGCAGCCUUACAUUCAGCAGGUGGCAGGCCUGGGUAACGUCACCCUUCAGCCAAUCGCCUCCCUCCAGGCUCUACCUAACGGCUGUCAGUCAGGACACCUGGGACAGAUACAGGUGAUGGGCCAGCCCACUGUGAUGAUGAACCAAUCAGGACAGCCCAUCCUGGCCAAGAGUAUGGGAGGAUACCAGCUGCACCAGCCUGGCCCCGAGGCACAGGGGGCAGGUGGGCAGGGCGGACUGGGAGGGGGACUUCUGAUCCAAGGGGGCAAAGCUACUCUGGGAUCUCCAGUUUUAAACGGCCCGGCGUUGGGCUCUAACAGUAGCACCAUAACUGCUGCUGGAAGCUUGGGUCAGCAGGGGCAGAACCUGAUCAUCCAGCGAACCCCGACCCCCAUCCAGCCCAAACCCCCCCAGGGGGGCGCAGCCAUCCAGCCCAAACUGUUCAAGCAGCAGCAGGCCCAGCCCCACACCCUCCAGAAUGAUGCCAACAAGGCUCUUGGGGCUCAGGUCCCUGUCUCCGCUGCCCAGAAUGUAGCCUUCCUGACAGGCAAGCCUGGCGCCAACGUGGUCCUGACCUCCCAGGCAGGGCUUCCCCAACAGGCUCUGUUCAAACAGCAGACAGUCCACCACCCCUCUGGGAAAGCACUCAGUGUCCACCUGCUCAACCAGCCUGGCAGCAUCAUGCUGGGGGGGCAGAACCACCAGUUCCUCCUGCCACAGCAGCUAGCUGGGGGUCAGAUCCUCACGCAGCACCCUGGGGGCCACAUUAUCACCUCCCGGGGCCUGGGGGCCAGCUGAUAGCCAACCAG